AUGUGGCGGUUUAGCGGCGGUCGCAGUGCGCGGUUCUUGGCCGCGGCGGCGUUGCUGGCGCUGGUGGUGCCGUCCGCGGUCCGGUCGUUUGAGGGCUGCCCGGCUGUGUGCUCCUGCAAGUGGAAAGGCGGCCGGCGGACGGUCGAGUGCGCCGACCGCGCGCUCAUCACCGUGCCGACGGGCGUGGACGCGGACACCCAGGUGUUGGACCUGUCCGGAAACAAUCUGCAGAUCCUGCCCAACGAGACGUUUUACAAGGCGGGCCUGGCCAACUUGCAGAAGGCGUACCUGCGCAACUGCCGCAUCGGGCAGAUUGACGAGAGUGCAUUCCGUGGUCUGACGAACCUGAUCGAGCUGGAUCUGUCUAACAACAUGCUCACGUCCGUGCCGUCGUAUGUGUUCCGGGACGUUCCGUACCUGCGAGACCUGUCCGUGGCCGGCAACCCCAUACAGAAAAUCGAAGCGCACGCCUUUUCCGGCUGUCCGUCCGUCGUUAAGGUGGACGCGUCCCACUGCGGGCUCCAGUCGGUGGCCGGUCUCGCGUUCAGCGGCGUCGUCCGGUUGGAGACGCUCCGCAUCAACGACAACCGGCUGACCGAGCUGUCGGCCACCGUGCUCGAGUCUCUCAACAAGCUCCGGUCCGUCGAGCUGCACGACAACCCAUGGGUGUGCGACUGUCACCUGCGGCCCAUGAAGCUGUGGCUGGCCGGCAACAACGUGCCGUACAGCCAACCGGCCCUGUGCUCUGGCGGCCCAGACAGGCUGUCAGGCAAGCCGCUCACUGACCUGGACGUGGAGGACUUCGACUGCCGGCCGGACGUUCGCGCCGAGUCCCGGUACGUAGAGGUGACAGAGGGUCACAACGUAACGGUCCGGUGCCGGGUCGAGCCCGGUUCGAUGGCACACAUUGCUUGGUACCUGAACGGUCGCCGGCUACAAGGCGCCGGUACACCGGCCGUCGGAUAUCCGGGCGCCGCGUCCGCCAACCCGCGCAUGUUCGUCGUGGACGGCGUGGACGAGGAGGACGGUGGCCGCCGGAGCGAGAUGACGCUGACGGACGUGCGGCGAGAGGACGCGGGCCAGUACUCGUGUCUGGCCGAGAACCGGGCCGGCAACUCCGAGGCCAACUUCACCGUUUACGUGACCGACCGGCCGUCCGUCAUCAUGUCGACGUUCGGUUCGGCGCACGUGAACGGCGUGGCCGCCGCCAUGGCAGCACUCAUCGUUUUCAUACUGGUGUUGAUCGCGUUGACCGUGAUGCGCAUCCGGAGGUCCGGAUAUCCGGCCGACACCAAGCCCACGGAAGUGGCGGGAAACCGCAACGGUGGCGGUAGCGGCAAAUCCAACACCGGUUCGAUGGCCAUGCAUGGUGGUGGAGCGACAUUGGGACGCGGCGCGGGAGGAUACGGAAACGGCGGGAUGUUGACAGGGGGUGGAAAGACCAACCCUGCCCUGGACAUAUCGUCCGUGAUCGAGAGGAACUACGACCCUGACCUGGAACCCGGGCUGGGAUCCGUCUGCACGCCCACAGGAUCGUAUCACGUAUCCGGACUGGACCUUAUACACGACCACGACGCUUCCCGGUUGGAGAUGUGUGAUUCGCCGAUGUCUUCGACCGCCAAACCUCCACCGUCGUAUUACAGCGGCGGCAGGACCGCAUCCAGUGGCGGAAACGUGCGACCGUACGACGAUCGGACGCCGAUCAUCGGCACCGGAAGUGCGGGCGACGCGUACAGCGUGGGCACCGGAUCCGACGAAGUGUUCUCGUACAACAGCCAACAGCAGUUGCACUACGGCGGUGGUCAUUACGGCCAUCAACAACAACAAGCCGUUGGCGGCGGGAGCGUCAACAGCGAUUACCCGGCCGACUACGGUCUGCCGAUUAUACCGACCGGCCAUCAUCUCAACCAGUCUUCGACCAACGUGUCUCAGUACGGCCAUCAUCCGCAGCAGCACCCCCAACAACAACAACAACAACACCACCAGCAACAACAACCAUCACAACAUCAUCAGUUCUACAACAACCAUCUCCAACACCAGCAGCAGCAGCAUCAACAUCAACCGGAAUACGUCCAACAACAGCAAGACGCGUCUCAGCAACCGUCGGUCAAGACCCUGCGGGUGUGGCAGAGGGGCGUACCGGUGUUGCCCACCACGCCGUCCCUGCAGAGGUUCGCCAACAGGACUUCGCCCACCACACCCGGCACCGACGUCUGA